CACCAGUAUAAAAGUCAUACUCGUGUAUCUUCCUCAUAGCAAUGGCUCUCCUCUUCUUCUCAUUAUGUGUAUAAAUAAACCACAUGCAAGCCCAUCAGGAAUUCAUAUACAGAAAUUGGUUCCUCUUGAAUAGAACACUAAUUUUAUACAAAUAUAUAUUCCAUAAUUAAUAUUUCAUUAUUUUCUAAUUAUCGAGGCUGUUGAAGAAGGAAGAAAGAUGCAGAAACCGGAGCUUUUCGCCAUAUUUUUUUUCUUCAUCUUCCUCAUUGUAUCUCAACCAAGAAUUUCUUUGGCUGCUGAUCAAUCCUAUCAACAAGAUCAGGAUUAUCUGAAGUUCGUAAGAGAUGCCAUCGAAUUUCCUUCAAGAGAGUUUUAUGAUUAUAUAGUAGUUGGCGGAGGGACAGUUGGUUGUCCUCUCGCCACCACUCUUUCAACAAGCCAUUCUGUUCUACUUUUAGAAAGGGGUAGUUCGCCUCGUGAAAGGCCAGAAGUCUUACUCCAGGCAAAUACUCUCAAUAUACUUUUAGAAGCAGAUGAUAAAGACUCACCUGCCCAACCUUUCACAUCUGAAGAUGGUGUUCCAAAUGUAAGAGGAAGAAUCCUAGGUGGGGGAACUAUGAUAAACUAUGGUUUUUACUCAAGAGCUGACCCGUACUUCUACACAAAUUCUGGCAUCGAAUGGGACAUGAAGCUUGUCAACGAGUCCUAUAAAUGGGUUGAAGAGACAAUUGUCUCCAAACCCAUUGUUGGAACAUGGUCAUCUUCAGUAAAAGAAGCACUUCUACAAGCAGGUAAUGGCCCAGAUAAUGGAUUUACGUUUGAUCACAUUAUCGGAACCAAGAUCGGAGGAUCAACCUUCGAUGGGAAUGGGCGGCGACAUGGUGCAGUUGAGCUUCUCAACAAAGCUCUAUCAAACAAUAUUCAAGUGGCGAUUCACGCCACAGUUGAGAGGGUGAUUUUCUCCUCAAAUUCACAAGCUUUGUCAGCUGUUGGAGUAAUCUAUAGCGACUCAAAGGGUAAGUUACAUCGAGCUAUGCUAAAACCCAAAGGAGAAGUAAUUUUGAGUGCGGGCACUCUUGGUAGCCCCCAGCUUUUGCUGCUAAGUGGGGUUGGUCCAAUGCCAUAUCUAUCAUCCUUGAAGAUUCCCACAGUGAAGCACCAUCCUUCAGUUGGCCAAUUUUUGGUGGAUAAUCCCACUUUUGACGUUCACAUUGCUCCUCCAUUUGAAGUACAGGAUUCUACAGUUGCAAUUGCAGGUAUAACAGAAGAUUACUAUAAGGAAGCCGUAUCAGGUCCAUUCCCUUUCAAUUCUCCCGCAAGCGUCAUCCUCUUCCCAAACCUAUCUCCUCUUGUGAACUUCACUGUACUAUCUGUACUUCACAAACUCGCAAGGCCACUCUCAUCAGGUUCACUUUCUCUAGCAUCAUCCACAAAUGUGACGGCUACCCCAAAGGUUCGCUUCAACUACUUGUCCAAUCCAACAGACUUGGCUAAGUGUGUGUUGGGAACAAAAAAUCUUGUCAAGGUGAUUAAUUCCCAAGUGAUGGAAAAGUACAAGUUUCCAGGACUAAACGGCACCAAAGAAUUUAAAUUUGUGGGGGCAUCUUUGCCGAAAGACAAAGCUGAUGAUGCAGCUUUUGAAACAUAUUGUCGCAAAAUGUUGACUACUUUUUGUCAUUACCAUGGCGGUUCUGUGGUGGGGAAGGUUGUGGAUCCUCAUUUUAAUGUUAUUGGAAUUGGUGCAUUACGAGUUGUUGAUGCAUCCACCUUUAAUUCCUCCCCAGGAACCAAUCCUCAAGCUACUCUCAUGAUGCUGGGCCGCUAUGUUGGCCUCAGGAUUCUGGAAGAGAGAGAGUCUUCAUAAGUGGGCAUGCAUGCAGAAGUUGGAAUUAAAUUAUGUCUCCUUCACUCCACUUCGCUUUGUUACUUGAAUUCAUACAUUAAUAAAGAGAAAGAUCAUCCGUAAUAAAUUGUAUGAGCUUGAUAUUUAUAAUAAUUUUUAGAUGGUAGUUUCUAUCGGUAAUUAGAAAGGCUUCGCUUGCGCAUAGGCAUGGUAUUUGCGGAAUGGAAUCUAAUUUUAUCACCACAUCGUGUGAGAGCAUAAUUUUUUGUGUUUA